ACAAUGCUGCACUAGUUGUAGCUAUACUGCUGCCACUUAUAUUGUUGCCGUUGGUUAUGCUGCUCAACAUAAUUCUGCUCAAAGCCGUAUACCUCCAUGUUUGACUGGCGCUUUUUCCAACCGACAUCAAUCUGACCAUAGCCGACAAAUUAAAAAAAAAAAUACGGCUAAACACAACGGAAUUUUCAUUAUUAUUAUUCGAAAUUCUAUAAUCCGGUAAAAUCAUCUGUAUUUGGUUUCGAAAUUUGUCAGCGAAUCUAUUUUAUUUCAUUCACAACAAUCACAUUACUAUCGAACCAAAAAUCAUUUAUAAUUUUCAUACGAAUUGACCAUUUCAUUUGAUUUAUCAUCAUCGAUUUAUAAUCAUAAACAUUUCUUUUGUUUGAUUGGUAUUGAAAUUAUAGAAAAUCAUAAUAAUAAAGAUGGCCGAACUAACAUCGACAAGUGAUAGUAAAUAUAAAUUGGACGAUUUGGUAUGGGCUAAAGUGAAAGGUUUCAAUUAUUGGCCAGCCAUAAUCGUGCCUGAUGAUCAGGUCAAAAAUAAUCGUAAAAUCAAGAAUGCUUAUUCAGUACGUUUUUUCGGAUCGGAAGAUUUUGGUCGAGUUACCGAAGACAAUAUUAAACCAUAUGAAGAGUUCCGUGAACAAUUCACUAGUGGGCCAAAAAAAUCAAAAUUAUUUAAAAUUGCUUGUGAAAAAAUCGAAGAACAAUGGGUGAAACAGAAAGGAACUUCUGCUAUUACAAAUGUUACUUCAACUACUCCAGAUAAUAGUAAAUUUACCACUGAUGUUUUCAAGGCGAAAAAAAUUACGAUGAAUAGUCCAUCACCAUUGACACGAGAUUAUAGCCGUACACCGUUUAAAAGAGAGAAACGUAAUUUUGACAAUUCUAAUGAAACGGAAACUGUGGUCACUUCGGUCAAAAAGCCUGCUACACCAGUAAAGGCUACUACGGCUCCUGCUGCUUCUGUUUCUCAUGAUGCAUCUAAACGAAUGAAACCGGCCGUACAAUCAUCAUCAUCACCAGUUCAUGAAACUGAUAGUCCGCUCAAAGCUGAACCAAGAAUAACAACAACAAAUGCAAAACAAACAAAUGUCGUUUCAGAAAUGAAAUUAGUGAACAAAUCUAAUAGAUCAAAACCAUCAAGCUUAAAAUUUGGUUUUAUUGGACUUGGUAAAGUUGGCCAAAGUUUAGCCAAAUUGCUUAUCGAUUCUGGCCAUGAACUAACCAUCUGGGAUCGUACACCAAAUAAAUGUAAAGAUUUCGAAAAACUUGGAGCCAAUUCCGUUAAAACACCAGGUGACGUUGUACGUGAAUCUGAUAUAACAUUUUCAUGUUUAAAUGAUUCAAGUGCAUCACAAUCAAUAUUUUUUGGAAAUUGUGGUAUUUCUGGUGAAAUUGACGCUACCAAAGGCUAUGUCGAAUUGACAUCAAUGGACUAUACGAUUUCGGUGGAAAUUGAUAAUUGGAUCAAAUCCAAAGGUGGGCGAUAUUUGGAAGCACCGUUGCUUUUAUCAUCACUUCCUGAACAAAUUGAACAGGGCGAAAUGAUGGCCUUGGUUGCUGGCAAUCGUUCAUUAUUCGAUGAUUGUAGUUCAUGUUUCGAAACAUUUAGCUCACAUGUAUAUUUUCUAAGCGAAAAUGUCGGUGUUGCAUCGAAAAUGAAUGUCACGAUGUCCAUUUAUUAUGCCAGUCAAGUUGCAGCCCUAAUGGAAUGUACGACAUUAAUUGAAAGACUUGGAUUAAUCAAUAAAGAUUUUAUUGAUAUCAUUACGAAAUCGCCAUUAAAUUCAUCAUGGAUUGAAAAUAAUUCAUCAUCAUUGAUCGAUAUGACAUUGAUCCGUGAUAUACCAAUGGAUCAUAUACGUCGUGACCUAAGCUAUUGUCUACGAGAUGCAAAUCGUCGUUCAUUUCCAACACCAAUGACAUCCACGGUGAAUGAAGUUUUAAAACAAAAGAAACAUUUCUAUUAGCAUAUAGAAUUUUUGGUGUUUUCUUUUUUUUUACAGAAACAAUAAUACAAAAUAUAUAAAUUAAAAACAAUAUAAACAUCAAAAUCAUCAUCAUUUAUAUACACAGAUUCAUCAUUCACACAACACAUUUUAAUCAUUCACACAAAAUACCCCACAUCACACAAAUAUUAAUGAUUUCAUAUUUUUUUUCUUCAUCAUAUUUUGUCAUAAAAUCCGUACAUUUGACAAUUUCAUUCUUGAAUUUCAUUAAUGAAAAAAUGAAUUAAUGAUUGUAUUUUUUUUUUUAAUU